GCCGUCCCGAAGACGGAAGUGUGUCCGCGGCCUAUUGCCUCCGCUGGAGUCUCGGCUGCAGCAAAGUAUUUGAAAAUCUGAAGACUGAAGUUUCAAACUCAACAGAUGAAGGGCUUCUGCCUGAAACAUUGACUCUCCUGCUCCUCGGACGCUGCCUGACCUGCUGUUUUUCCAGCGCCAUAUUUUUUGACUGACUCUCCAGCGUCUGCAGUCUUCACUUUGAUGUCAAUGUCUGACAGUCACUCAAUCCAUCGGGACCACAACAAUUUUUGAUUUUGAUUUCUGUGAGAGGGAUCAACGCUUUUUGAUUCCUGUUUGAGGACGUUUUCAACAUCAGGUGGGACUGGACAAGAGACCCCACUGUUGCAGCGCACUGUGUGUGGAGCCUGAAACAGUUAUACGGCCUGGGAAGGGGAUUUCACGGCAGGGAGGAGUUCUAGACGUGUUUGUGUGCAGCUGAAGCUGUGGCCAUGGAGAAACCCGAGGAAUCCCGCCCCGUGGAGAAACCGUGGAAGUGUGGUGACUGUGGGAAAGGCUUCCGCGUCCCGUCUGCCCUGGAGACUCAUCGGCGCAGUCACACCGGGGAGAGGCCAUUCCCCUGGACCGACCGCGGGAAGGCCUUCAGACAUUCCUCCCACCUGCUGGCCCACCAGCGGGGCCACACGGGGGAAAGGCCCUUCAGCUGCCCAGAGUGUGGGAAGGCCUUCAGCACUUCCUCCACCCUGCUGAGCCACCAGCAUGUCCACACGGGAGAGAGACCGUUCAGCUGCCCUGAGUGUGGGAAGGCCUUCAGGUAUUCCUCCACUUUGCGGACCCACCGGCGUUUCCACGCGGGGGAAAGGCCCUUCAGCUGCCCUGAGUGUGGGAAGGCCUUUACCCGCGUCUCUGCCUUGCGGAGCCACCGGCGUGUCCACACCGGGGAGAGGUCCUUUAGCUGCCCCGAAUGCAGGAAGGCCUUUACCGACAUCUCCUCCCUGAUGAAGCAUCAGCGGAUCCACACGGGGGAGAUGCCCUUUACCUGCUCUCAGUGCGGGAAGGCCUUCAGCACAUCCUCCCACCUGCUGACCCACCUGCAUGUCCACACAGGGGAGAGACCGUACACCUGCCCUCACUGCGGGAAGGGCUUCAGGUAUUCCUCCGGCCUGCUGACCCACCAGCGGGUCCACACAGGGGAGAGACCGUACACCUGCUCUCAGUGCGGGAAGGGCUUCACCUACUCCUCCCACCUGCGGAGACACCAGCGGAUCCACACGGGGGAGAAGCCCAUCAGCUGCCCAGAGUGCGGGAAGGCCUUGACCGACAUCUCCUCCCUGAUGAAGCAUCUGCGGAUCCAUACCGGGGAGAGACCGUACACCUGCCCUCAGUGUGGGAAGGGCUUCAGCACAUCUUCCUCCCUGCUGAGGCACCAGCGGAUCCACACAGGGGAGAGACCGUACACCUGCCCUCACUGCGGGAAGGGCUUCACCUGCUCCUCCAACCUGCGGAGACACCAGCGAGUUCACGUGCCAUUGCAGGGGGAGUGAAGGAGUGACGGCCGAGUCCCAUUAUCGACCGGACUAUCCACCCGGUUCCGGGGACUCCCGGGUUCGAAUCCCGCCACGACAGAUGGCAGAAUUGGUAUUCGGUCAGAAAUGUGGAGUUCGGAAUCUAACGAUGAGACCGUUUCAGGGAGGGGGUGGUGUGGGGGAGAAAGCCCCCAUCUGAUUCCCUCUCUCCCUUGUUAGGGAAGGGAACGGCCAUUGUGGGAAAGGAUUCACUCGGUCGUUCCAGCUGCAUCCUUUACCCGGUCUGGCCUACACGUGACUCCAGACCCACAGCAGUCUGGUUGACUCUACACUGCCCUCCCCCCACUGGCAAAGGAGCGGGGAGAAACUUACUUGGAGACAGGGUAUGGGUUGAAAUUGCUGAGUGAGGCAAUACUUCCUCCGGGUUACGGCUGUACCAAGGAUCCAAUU